AGCAUGAUGUUUUAAAAAUAAAGUUCACAUAUCGCAGCUGAAGGAGAGCAGUCACACUCCACGCCUGCGGAGGGCGCUGUGAGACACCUGCGACACAGACAGCGCUUCUUCUCGCUUCUCCUUGGUUGUCAGCACAUGUUCAGGACCAGCGUGGGGAACGGACCUACGGAACCGACUUCACGUUUCUAAUCGAUGGGAUUACGUUGCUGAAAAUGACAGAAGCGGAGUGUGCCUCGAACCGACCCAAAGAGCUGCUGGCUUUAAACCCGGAACAGGAGACCGAGUUUAAGAAGAAGGUCCACGAGGUGAAGAAGAAGAACCGGAACAGAAAGGGGAACCGUCUGACUCCAGGUGUGGUGUAUGUCGGCCAUCUUCCUCUCGGGCUGUUUGAGCCGCAGCUCCGGUCCUACUUCGAACAGUUUGGGAAAGUCCUGCGACUCCGACUCUCCAGAAGCAAGAAGACCGGUGGAAGCAAAGGUUAUGCUUUUGUAGAGUUUGAGUGUGAUGAAGUCGCAAAGAUCGUUGCAGAGACCAUGAACAAUUAUCUGAUGGGAGAGAGACUCAUCAAAUGUCAGGUCAUUCCCCCAGAGAAGGUCCAUGAGAAGCUGUUCGUCGGCUCCCUGAGGAGGUUUAAAAGGCCGUCCAAUCCCGCUGUAGCUCGCUACAACAGGAAGCGUUCAGCAGAGGAGGUCUCCAAGAUGACCGAGCGGCUCCUGAGCAAGGAGUCCAAGCUCCGCAAGAAGCUUGCAGAACAGGGAGUCGACUACGACUUCCCAGGAUUUGCGGCUCAGGUGCCUCGGAAGAAGAUGUCCACAGAUGCCAUGAACGUGUCUUCAUGCAGUGACGACACCACGCCCGUCUGUACGCCGUCCUUCCUGGAGAAGAGGAAGUCCACGGUGGUCAUUGAUGACGAAGAGGACAGCGAGAUCAUCAUCAAGAUGCCAACUGUGGAAGAGGAUGAAGAAGACUAUUCAGAGAGCUCUGAAGAGGACACAGAGACCCAGUAAAUGUCUUCAGUGUUUAAAGUGAAUUUGGACUUUUAACGUUCCUCUUGUGUCGGAGCGUCCAGCCUGAACCGCUUCCACAGAAUAAACUGGUUUACCUUCUGCUGCUGAAUGUUUUAGGCCCAACUCUAACAGAACCGGUCUGAUCAGCAACAGUAGUGUCCUAAAGAUGCAGCAGCACCGCCUUUGCUUUUAAACACAUCUACCCAACUCUGGUCAACUUUCUGCUUUUAUUAUAAUUAAAAAUUGGUUUAUAUCCGUAAUCUGAGUGAAUUUGAACAAACAUUCCCUGGAACCCGACAGGAAAGGGGGAGGUACUGUUGCUGCCCCAGAAGAACAGGUCUGAUGGGGACAGUUUGUCCAUUUGUAGACCAGUGAUGGAGCGAGCGCCAAAGAGCAGAAGUGGUGCCAUCAGGCAGCUGCUGGAGCAUCCAACAGUGAAGACCAACACAUUAGACAGAAUUACAGGCAUUUACAUCGUCGUGGGAUGAACACUACAUGGUUCAACCAUGAGGCCUGUGGGACAUCUGUCCACCCCACAUGUUGACCAGUUGAUCUCAUGCAAGCUUACAAGUGGCCCUCAUCAAGUUCUGAUGAACCCUACAAGGCCUUCACUCGCCGCUCUGUCAGGUGCUCCAGGAACUGCCUGUAAUCUGCUUAUCUGGUUCUCCCGACACUUCUGCCCUCUGGUGGCUAUUCUAGAGGUGGCGGCUCCACGUAACCCAAAUCACCGAUCUGUGUGUGGAACAAAUGAUGGAUCGUUCAUGUGGUGCUGAACUGGGACUUGAAUUAGAAAAUGAGGCUGAAGUGAACCUUAAAUUGUUAAAAAACCUUCUGGAACUGGACCAUCAGAGAAACUUUGUGCUCAGAAAUGUCCUGACCUUUUGUAUAAACUCAGAUGGGAUGUUUUAAACUCUGCACGCUCAAGUUAGCUGUGAUGAAGCAAUGUGAAGAGAUGAUCAGCUGUGAAAUGUCAGUUUCCUCAUUUAAUACAGGUUUCAUGUGGGCAGAUGAACAUGUUUUUAAAAACUGCAGAAAUGUGAAGUGAUGGUCCAAAAUAUCACACUGCUGGGUACGGAGAACCUUUGGCUGGUUGUCAUGGCAGCCUCAACUGGAUGAAGCUGUUUUAAAACGGUCCAGUUAAGGAUUGAAGCAGUUUGACCAAACAUCUCUCCACAGGUACAGUUCAUACAUCAAAACAUGUUUAUCUGCUUCCAGCCAGUGUGUCCCACAGCUGUAGUUUAAUGUGUAACCAUGCCAGAGCGCACUGAAGCUGGUUUAAAUCAUAUGUCAUCAAUUUUUUGUUUCAACCAGGAAAUAAAGACGCUCUUUAACCCGUCA